AUGACUCCCAUGAUGCCACAGUUUGUAGUUUUCAGAUUAGUUAGCAAUCUAGCAAAGUAAAGCGAAAGCAGGAAACAAAGAAGUCGAAGUUGAGGAGAGGUGACAUGACCUCCUCCACACUCGGCCAGUCGGCCCCUCUUGUCCCCAACCUGGAGCCUGGGAUGGGGAAGUCUGCAGCCAUGCUGGGGUUGUCUGCUGGACUCGGGGGAGCAGAGAUGGAGCUGCAGAAGAUGCUUAUCGAUGAGAGGAUGAAGUGUGAAAACCACAGGACCAACUACCAGACGCUAAAGGCUGAGCAUGCCAGCCUGCAGGAUGAGUUCACGAGGGCUCAGGGUGAACUGAAGCGCCUGCUGACCGACAAACAGACUCAGCAGGAGAAGCUGCAGCUGCUGCUGGCGGAGCUGCGAGGAGAGCUGCUGGACAAAACCAGAGAGCUGGAGGAGGUCCGGCUGCAGGUGAUGACCCCUCAGCGAUUGGAGCUGCUCAGAGCUCAGGUGCAGCAGGAGAUGGAGGCUCCAGUCAGAGAGAGAUUCAGCAAACUGGAGGAGGAAACAGAGAAGUACAGGUCUGAGUACAACAAGCUGCGCUACGACUUCACCUUCCUCAAGUCCCAGUUUGACCACCAGAGAGAGGAACAUGUUCGUGUACUGGAGGAGAGGAGGAUCCGCUAUGAGGCAGAGGUCUCUCGUCUGGAGAAGGACAGGGAGGACCUGGUGGCUCAGUAUCAGGGCUCUGAUGCACUGCGAGAUGGGAAACGAGUGGAGGCUCUGCUGAGGGACAAAGCUCAGCUCCACCUGAGGCUGAAGGGUCUGGAGGCAGAGGUGGCCGAGCUGCGAGCCCAGAAGGAAAACUGUGGUCAGCAGGCAGAGAACGUGCAGCGCAUCCAGAUCAGACAGCUGACGGAGUCUCAGGCUGCAGUGAAGUCUCUGGAGGCGGAGCGUCAGUCGUUGCGUCUGCAGCUGGAGCGGAUGGAGAGCGAGCUUCACCUGAGCCACGAGCAGAACAGCCAGCUCACCGGACGACUGCACAAAGCUGAGAGAGAAGUGAACUCCAUCACCUGUCAGAUUGAAAGCUUGAAGCACUCACACAAGCUGGAGACGGCCAGCAUCAAACUGGAGUGUGCUCGCUCUAAAGGGGAGGUGGAGAGAGAGAGAGACACACUGCAGGGCCAGAUUGAUGGUCUGCAGGCAGAUGUGGAGGUGCUGAAGGCAACAGUGGAACGACACAAAGAAGUUGUGGUGGAAAAGGAGAGGGAGAUGGUCAGGAAGGUGCAGUCUGCUCGAGAGGAGGAGUUCCGCAAAACAGCAACGUUGCACGAGGAAAAGUUGGAGUUGGAGAACCGUCUUGCAGCACUGGAACAGCAGAGGGCGCUGCAGGACGCUUCAGACCAGGCGCAGAAGGAGGAGUGGGAGGAGCGUCUCCACAACGCCCAGCAAGGCGAGGAGUCAACCCGGAGAGAACUGCACAACCUGAGAACUAAACUACAGCAGCAGAGCUCACUGCUUGAAGAGCUUCAGAGACAGAAAGCAGAAAUUGCAGACCUACAGCAGCAAAACCAGGAACUUGGAGUCCAGCUGGGGACGCUGUCGCACUCUGAAAGUGACAUGAUGGAAGCCAACCAGCGACUGAGAGAAACGCUGGACAGAGUGAGGGAGGAGCUGAGGACGGCUCGGGGCCAGGCAGAGAAGAGCCAGCAGGAGGCAGAGCGGUUGGUGGAGGAACGUCAGGUCGACUGGUUAGAGGAGAAACACAAGCUGCAGGAGCGAGAGGCUGAGCUGCAGCAGAAAUACUGUCAGGUGAAAGAGAAACUGCAGAGGGCAGCAGCGGCCCAGAAGAAGAGAAAAACACUGACGGAGAGCAAAGAGAAGAGACUGCAGGAUAAGAUCCAGUUGCUGGAGGCCAAAAUUGAAGAGCUGGAACUGGAAGCUGCUGCAGCCAAAAAGCGUUCAUCUUUCUCAGAGGAGCAAGCUCAACUCAACAGACGGUUGAAGGAGCUGCAGCGACGACACAACGAGUUUCGACGCCUCCUAUUAGGUGGUCAGGGUUCCUUCAGUGCCGGUCCUGCAUUCCUGACUUCCUCACCCACCCCCUUCCUCUUCCUCGGGUCCGAGGGACAGUUUUCCAAUAAUCCAGAGGAGCAGCAUCAGGGAGAGUUCUCUCUGCUGCGUCGGAGGCUGGAGAAUCUGGAAAGUGCCCAGCAGCAGCAGCUGGAGGAACUGGGAUCUCUGGUUCAAAGGGAUCGGGAGGCCACACCUCAGCCUGACCUCUGACCCCCAUCCUACAUCCCACUGGACUUGCUAUACAUUUACAGAAUGAGACGGUGUCCCCUUUCCAAAUCAAGGACAUCGACAGUGUUUUUAGAAAACUAGAAAUAUAAUUUAUUGGCAUAUUUCCGCAAAAAUGGACAGAUGAGAAUGGAUUGUUCUUCCCCCACAGUUUACAUGUUUCUUAAUGUUGUGAUGCCUUGGCACCUUUUGCAAAAAUGAAUUGUGUGACAACCUCAGGGUUUGAUUUUGUAUUGAGACACUUGUUUACAUUUGCUCUUAAGCCAUUCUGUAAAAAAACUAAGGAUUUAUAUGGAAUUAAUAAAAAGCCACUACAGACUGUAAAUUGUAAAAUGAUGAUCACUUAAAGUCUGUUGAAACAGUUUACAGAUUAUCUUUUCUUCUGACACAUUUGUAGUUUUGACUUUGUGCAUUUGAGAGGUUGAGUUGUGAUCAGAGCAUUUUCAUUUGGAAGCAAAACUCAUUAAGGUAAUGGAGUUGUUUUUCAGAGUGCAACUGCAAAGUCUAUCAGACAUGAAGCUGCUUUCAAAGAAAGAAAGUUACAUAAGCUACUGUCAGCUGAUGUGUCUCAUUUAGCAUAUUUGACUCCUGUGAAGUUUUGGAAUUAAAAUAGAUUUAAAAUUUU